AGAAAUGUGGGUUUCUCAUUAAACAACGGAACUCCCCAACAGUCAAAGCCAAAAGACCCAGUUCUUUUCCCCAUUUUUUAAUUUUUUCCAUAUUAUGGCUGCAUGUUCUUAUUCCUGAAAAGAGAAACAUAACACUUUUCGGGAAUCAUCUGGAACUUUUCGUAUUAGGACACAAUAAUAGUGGCCAUUGCCAUUACUGAUCGUAGUUUUCUUGUUUGCUGUCGUCCAUUGCAUGGGAGUGACUGACGAUGGACGACAGAAUGGAUCAUGGUUCCAACAAAACGGAGGGGAACUGGGAGAAACAUCUCCAAAUCUUUUCCCAGAAAAUGAAAGGAUGUCCUGGUUUGGUGUGGCAAACGAUGUGGAAGGUUGGACAUGACGACCCGAGAAGGGUGAUCCACUCUUUGAAAGUUGGCCUGUCUCUGACGCUGGUUUCCUUGUUAUAUCUCAUGGAACCAUUGUUCAAUGGGAUCGGACUCCGACAGAAUGCCAUUUGGGCUGUCAUGACUGUGGUUGUUGUGCUAGAGUUUACAGCAGGGGCAACUUUAUGCAAGGGACUGAACAGAGGAUUUGGGACACUACUGGCGGGAUCAAUGGCUUUCUUCAUCGAGUACAUUGCAAAAGAAUCUGGCUGGGUCUUCCGAUCAAUUUUCAUUGGAGCUGCAGUUUUUCUUGUUGGAGCUGUAGCUACAUACAUGAGGUUCAUUCCCUACAUAAAGAAGAACUAUGACUAUGGUGUUGUGAUAUUUCUCUUGACGUUUAAUCUGAUAACUGUGUCGAGCUACCGUGUUGACAAUGUCUUGAAGAUCGCACAUGACCGCUUCUACACCAUUGCCAUUGGCUGUGGUGUGUGCCUGCUGAUGAGUUUGUUGAUAUUUCCAAAUUGGUCGGGGGAAGACCUCCAUCAUUCCAAUGUUUCCAAGCUUGAAGGUCUAGCAAAAUCUAUACAAGCUUGUGUCGAUGAAUACUUUAAUGCUGCUGACUUAGAAGUAAUCAGAAACAAAUCUUCAGAAGAUCCCAUUUACGAAGGUUAUAAGGCUGUUUUGGACUCGAAAUCCAUUGAUGAGACUCUGGCUUUACAUGCAAGUUGGGAGCCAAGGCACUCAAGAUACUGUUACAAGUUGCCAUGGCAGCAAUAUGUGAAACUGGGAGCUGUUCUUCGCCAUUUUGGCUACACUGUUGUAGCUCUACAUGGAUGUUUGCAGACUGAAAUUCAGACUCCUCCAUCUGUGCGAGCCCUAUUCAAAGACCCUUGCAUCAGACUCGCCGGGGAAGUAUCAAAAGUACUCCUCGAACUUGGCGACAGCAUAAGAAAACGCUGCCACUGCUCUCCGGAGAUACUCUCCGAUCAUCUCCACGAAGCCUUAAAAGACCUGAACAAAGCCAUAAAUUCCCAGCCAAGGCUCUUCCUCGGCUCCAACAAUAACCAAGCCACCAACAUGCUCGCCAUAGCCGCCGCACACGCCCAGAAGCACCAAAAAGAGUCUCAUGGGGUCUCCUUGUCGAGCGUGAAAACCGACAGCUCUGCCCUGCUCGAAUGGAAAGCCAGAAGGGCUACUGCUGAGCAGCAGUCCUCAAAGGAGCGCGAGCGGAAGGUGUUGAGGCCACAGCUGAGCAAGAUCGCAAUCACCACUAGCCUUGAGUUCUCGGAGGCGCUUCCUUUUGCUGCUUUUGCUUCUUUGCUUGUAGAGUUGGUGGCAAAACUGGAUCAUGUUAUCGAGGAAGUCGAGGAAUUGGGGAGGAUAGCAUGCUUCAAAGAGUACGACAAACAUGGUGAACAGAUUGCUGUGACUUGUGAGAGACCACCACAAAUGAAUGUUGCUCAAAACAAUUUGCCAUCCCAUGCAGCAGAUUAAUUACUAGGAAAAAAAAAAAAGGUUUUAAUUUAGGGGUCUUUCUGGGAUAGCUAGAUAUUGAACUAUAUAUAUUUAUAGGGGAAAAUAUAUAUUAGCCCCUCAGACUACCACCAUUUUUCUGGAUGACCCUCCAAACUACCGAUGCUUAGAUUCUGGCUCUCAAAACUAUCACUUUCUGAUUUUUUGGCCCAAUCCGUUCAUUUAUACCGUCAAUUCUAAACAGAAUUCCGAAAAUACCCCUCCUACACUUUGAAAUUCUCACGGUUAAGGGAGGGGUAUUUUCGAGUUUUUGGCCAAUUUCUGUUAGAAUUAACGGUAUAAAUAGACGGAUUAGGCCAAAAAAUCAGAAAGUGGUAAUUUGGGGGGUCGGAGUGCAAGUAUUGGUAGUUCGGGGUGCCAUCCGGAGAAAGGGUGGUAGUUUGGGGGGCUAAUAUAUAUUUUUCCCAUAUAUAUAUAUAUAUAUAUAUAUAUAUAUAAACACUUUCUUUUGGCCAUUUUUUUGCUUUCAUGAAUUUGUAAAUUAGUAUUGAAGUGAAUAAACUUUACAUCAACAUUGUGGGCUUCUAAAAAUGGCUCGGUAUUAUAGGCUAGUUCAACUCGAAGCAAGUCAUCUGGAAGAUAUACACACGACUAAUAAAAGGCGAUGAAAAAAUAUUGGAAGAGGAAAGGGCCCAACCGGGUUCGAACCGGUGACCUCUUGAUCUGCAGUCAAAUGCUCUACCACUGAGCUAUGGACCCUGUUGUUGUGGAAAGACGCUAGUUGUACUAAAUAACAUCGACCCAAUCCAAGUGCUUUCUGUUCAUUAAUCAGGUUGAGGAUCUGGAUGGCU